ACGGUUUGAUAAUCCGCAACUUCAGUACAGAUUUUCACCAUGAAGCUUCUGGUCCUGGCGACGUUCUUUCAGCUCACGCUGCUCCAGACAUUCUUCUCUCGAGUAGCGUCCUACGAGCAGUGCGAUGGUCAGCGGUACUACAACAUCUGCGGAGGCGGUGGCAUGUGUCAGUACGUCCAAAUUUGCCUGGGAGACAUGACAGAGUACAGAUACUGUCCGUCUUUGGACCCCAGCAAACCAUACUGUAACCGGGGAGAGUGUUCCGAAACUCCAGACUUUAGCAUGGAAGACUGCACUCCAAGGGUGAUUUAUUGCACUGGAACCGGAAUAUUCCCAGAUCCUGAUGUGUGUUCGUUGUACCACAAUUGCACAUCGCCGCAGGUGCUGUCCACCGUAUUGCAGUGUCCCGAGGGGGAAGUUUUCGAUCCGGAAGCGUUGACCUGUAAACUGCCAACCGGGCCGGAAGAUUGCAUGAGAGUUCGAUGCAAGGUGGACGAGCUGUUUUCCCGCUACGGAACCAGCAAACGCUUCUACGGGUACUGCGAGUUGAUGCCCAAUGGAUAUUCGUAUUCCGAUACUAGAAUCUACAGGUGCCCGGAUGGGACCACGUUCAACGGACGCAUGUGUUCGUACCAGUGCCCUGAAGCGGGUCGUUUUGCAAACGUUGCCAAUCCGAGUGCCUAUUACGAGUGUUACGAACAAGGCGGUGAAGCGAUCAGCAUGACUUGUGCCCCAGGGAAGGUGUUUGAUGCAUCUAGAUCGGCGUGUAGGACACCGAUGGUGUAAGUUGAGAAUGAAAAGUGAAAGUUCGACAAAUUUCAUCUGAAAACUCAGAAAGGGUGUUACUUUUCCAUUAAUAUCUACGACCAAAUAAAAAGUUCCAAAAACCCAAAAGUUUAUUCAAUUCCAAUGACAUUUAAUUUUUUUCGAUUAUUGUUCAUUAGUGGGUCAAAAGGUUUAUGGGUAAUUCUCCGC